CAACGCAUCGGUAGGUAAAUACACGUACAGAGCAUGUAGAAUAGUGAUCAGCCUCUCGUUGAAAGAUAAGGAGAUGAAUGUUACUGAUGCCAUUCAAGCAGACAAUAGUCACAGUACAGGGCUGGUCACAGUCAAGGACACAUCAUAUAUUGACGCACCCGAGUUUGUGACGUGAGGUGCGAUGAGUGAGUGCGUGCAGCAGCUGCCCCUCCCAUGCCUUAAGCUGGGCGAGGGGCCUUACUGGGUGGAGCAGCAACAGGCCCUCCUCGUGGUGGACGUCAACAACAACACGCUCAUAAAAUAUUACGUCAACUCAGGAAGGAUUCAGCACCUCCAUAUUGCUGCAGAAGGCGUAGGGGAGGAAGCAGUAGUGUCCAUGGCCAUUCCGGUGGAGGGGAGAGAGGACUUGUGGGUGGUGGGACUUGGCAACACACUAUCUGUGGUGCGCUGGGCUGAAUCGGAUCCGGAUGACCACACUGCCAGGUCAACGAUCAUCCACACUACGAAGGACUACCAGUUUAACGACGCCAAGUGUGAUCCUCAGGGGCGGCUGUGGAUAGGUACCAUGUCAAAGUUAAACGACCAGCUGGAGCCCAUCAACCCCAAGACGUGCUUCCUCUACAAGUACGACCAUCAGCUUGAUCUCACCACCUGGGCCAAGGAUACAAGUCUCUCAAAUGGCAUGGCUUGGAGCAGCGACAAGAAACACUUUUACUUCGCUGACUCCUUUGACCGGUGCGUCUAUCACUUUGAUUACAACGACGACGAGGGAAGUAUCAGUGGACAGCGAGUUCUGCUGGAUUUUGAGACUGCUGGGCUGACAGGAGUGCCUGACGGAAUGACCAUUGACCAAGAGGACAACCUGUGGCUCGCCUGCUUCUCUGCUAACAAGGUUGUGUGUGUGGACCCAAACCAGCAGAAGGUGGUGAGGAGUGUGUCAGUGCCAUCCAAGAGUGUCACCUCAGUGUGCUGGGGCGGCAAGGACUACGGUACCUUGUAUGUCACCUCUGGUACCAUAAAGAUGACCAUGGAGGAGCGUGCUGCUUUGCCCUCAGCUGGUGGCACCUUCGCUAUCACUGGCCUGGGCACUCGUGGCAGGCCACCUUUGACCUUCAAGCCUGACCUGACCAAGUUAAAAGCUAAGCUGACCCAGUAGGAGCCAAACACACAUAUACCCCACUGUUAUGCUGCAGAAUGCGCGUUUACCUGCUAAUUUUGUUAAAAUAUUGAAGAAAAUUUGCAAAUGUAUUACAAAACUGAAACAAACUUU